AUGAGUGACCAGCAAUCUAUACCGUAUCCUAAUAUUUACAACGUACCUGUCAAUAACAGGCCGACUGACGCGCAACACAUGGCGAUGCCUUACUUCCCCCAGCCCGGCUCACGCCUAGGAAUACAUGCAGCUGCCAAUUCAUUCUAUCCUUUCCGCAAUAUGGAACAGGUUUCACCGUUAUUUUGUAGUCAUGAACACAUGAGUAUGACAGCACAUCCUGACUGCGUACAGUACCAGCACUCAUUCAACUUUAGUCCUCUUGUCCCUUCUGUAGCGUCAAUUCCUAACCAAACAGGCGCGCACCAAACUGGAGCUUCAGUCCCACCCGCCCCAACUAGGAAGAAGUGUCCACUACCUGUUAUCGAUCCUAAGACUAAAUCGGCACUUAAUCUAGAAGAAGCUUCGAAGUCACCAACAGAACAACGUAAAAGACAACCCUUGCAAAUCAUCCAACCCAAAGCUGAUGAGUCACCGCCUCCCGAAACUAAGGUUGGAGAUGAAAAGCUUUCUUGUGCUGAACCUAAGGAUGAAGGCACAUUAAGAGUGGAGUCAGUGGUAUCUGAGGAUUCUGUACCAAAGGAGAGUUGUGUCUCGGAAGAUACGCACGUGGAAGUGCUGGAACACACUAAACCAUCGGAAGAAAUCUCGUCACAAGAAAUUCCUACUGACUUCGAUGAUGCUGAAGAGGAGGAGGGAGAAGAAGAAGAGAUCGUGGGAAGAAAUAGGUACUCACGUGAUUUCGUUCUUAGCCGCAAGAUGGUUCGUUCACGGUCAAAUCACGCUCCAAGGAAUAAAGUGAUUAAGUUAUAUAAGACUAUCACUGUGAAACGCGUGGAAGGGGCAUUUGUGCCAUCUAAGCUGCGUAAUCAGGGUGCAAGUGAUGAAACAGAAACUUCAAAAGACAUAUCUCGGGAACUUAAUAUUAUCCUUAAUCGUGUGUCAGACAAUAAUAUCUCUGAAACCAUGAACGAUAUCAAGAAGCUCAACAUAUCAACGUCCGACGACCUAAGUCUGCUGGCUAAGACUAUAUUUCAGAAAGUAUGUCUAAAUUUCAUUGAUUUUGCGCGUAAAUUUUGAGCUGCUAUGCUUAAAUGUUCUCAAUAACUGUGUUAAUUGUUUUAUUCGAGCUUUCUAAUGUUUGAUAAGUUUGUAAAGGUUGUUGUGAUCGCAAUAAACGGUAUCGUGGCUACAUGUAUAGUACUUAGCCAACCGGUCAACGGAGUGUUGAACCUUUACAGUCUAAGGUAACAUGAAGGCAUCGCGUGCCAGCCCAUCCCUCUUCAUCAAUUGGGAUGGUUGAGACACGCUUUGUGUAUUCCCAGUCGCCGUCUGCCCCGUCACAUGGUGUUAACUGAAGUAGGUUCUGGGUGGAUAAAGGUCCAAUGCGGCAAGACUAAAACAUCGCAUCAGUGUAUAAAGUUCUUGACCGUUGGUUUGAGUCAUUUCGGGCGAUGCAGACUACCCGGUUAAUGUCCGAUGUCAGAGGCGCGAAUGUACACAUAUCUUAACGCUAUGCAGAACCUCACCAUUUCAUCCUUUCUUUUCGUACUGUAUACUUCUGACUGAAUUUUCUGAUCUUCAUCUUCCAGUUCACUGCCUCUUAACUUGAUGUGCUGAUAUGAACUGUGGCAAUUCGGACCGUUACGCCGUAAUGCCUCGUCCUAUGUGGAUUUGGAUGGAUCCCCCUCUGAUUUUCGAACUGUGAUUAUUUUCUUUACUGAAAGUGUUUUGAUAGUCAGUCUUACCCUGACUUG